AUGUCCGAUCUGUUGCUGUCGUUUCAAGGAUCCCAAGAUGCUGGACUGUCUGCACAGCUUUUGUCUGAAGUGUCUGGAAGAGAUGAUGAGCAAACAGAAGCCAGGGCAGAGAAGAUAACAUGUCCAGUCUGCAGGAGAGAGACGCAAGUUCCUGAUGGAGGAUUGCAGAGUCUUUCUUCGUCUUUCUUUCUUAGUUCUCUUGUCGAUGAGGUCAAACAACAGGAGGCAGUAUUAGGAGAUGCAUCGGCACCUACCGCCACAUGUGACUGCGGAGAAGGCAAGGAGGUCAUUUGGAGGUGUCUUGAUUGUAGUGAUAACCUCUGCCAGGAAUGCCGGAAAGCCCAUGAGAGGGUCAAGUCCACCAAAGACCAUCGAAUCAUCUCAUUGGGAGAUUGGCACAAAUCUAAGAUCCCUCCAGCAGAACACAGCAAACCCAUCACCCGAAUGUGUACGAUCCACCAUGACCAUCCUCUGUGUUUCUUCUGUGACACAUGCGACACCUUAAUCUGCUCAAUGUGUGCCGCAUUAGGUCAUCGGUCGGCAGAGCACAAUUUCCUAAACAUUGAUGACCUGAUCAGGUCCUUCCGCAGUGAGGUUGAAAACAUACUGCAGAAGUUCGAGAAGAGCAGGCAGCACUUCAAAUCUACUGAAAAGUCAAUCCAACAUGCACGAAAUAGAUUACAAAAGAAACUGGCUCAGGCUCGUAGUGAUAUUGAUGCAAAAGCGGAGGCAGAGAUCACUAAAAUCAGAAACAAAGCAAAGCUUCUCACCGACAAGGUCAACGAAAUCGGUCAGGAGAGAGUCAGUAAGUACGAAAAGGCGCUCACGCACAACCAUGAGCAGAUGGAACGCGCAGAUCAGACCAUCGCGGCAGUAAAUGACUUGAUGAGUCAAGCCGAUGAUUUUGAGCUUUUGGAGCUCAAGCCAAAGGUGAUGCACAACUUGGAAUUCCAGGAGCUCAAGUGUGAACCGGCGAAUUAUGGUCUGUCAUUCAUUGGUGUCAGAUUUCAAGACGUUGUGAGUGAUGCAGAUCUUGGGGAGGUCUGUGUCAGUGAGAAAUGGCAGUUAAAGGAAGAGUUCGGCAAAAGAGGUACCGGUGACGAGGAAUUUGACUUCGCCACGGCUGUUGCAUGUUUCAGAAAUGGAGACAUCGUAGUAACUGACACAAUUUUAAAACGGUUAUCGUUGUUUAGCUCAACUGGUCAGUAUAAAACAUCGGUCGCUCAGGGAGAUGCUAAGCAUCAGUUGGAAGCUCCUUUUGGCGCUGCCAUGACCCAUGAUGAUCUGCUUUUCGUCACGGACAAAAAGAAAGUGAAGGUUUUUGACAAUGAGCUCCAGUUUGUUCGCGAGUUUACGCCUUCGGCUGACGAUGCGGAUGGGCAAUCAGAGAGUUACCUCACUGGUGUUGCUGUUGACAGUCAACGAGUAGCAGUCGCUGACAGGGGGAGAAAGCUCAUCAGUGUCCACAACCUGGACGGAUCAUUGAUUUCAAGUAUCUCGAAUAGCAUGGUUGACUAUUACUUGGCAAUAAGCAAUUUUGGCUGUUUAGUCUUCGCAAACUUCGAGGGCCAAAGUUUUUUUUGCGUUAACUUUGAAGGUAAAGAGAUGUUUAGUGUCAAGACAUUCGUGAAUGGCAAAGCUGCUAAGCCAGCUGGUGUCCUGUGCGAUGAUGAUGAGACCAUCUAUGUUGUUGUUCAUCCUGGAAAAAGGGAAGACUCUGAAGUGCAGCGAUACGAUUCAAAUGGUGCACUUGUAGCAACGGUAGCUCAAGGUUGUUCAAUCCGUUAG